UUCAAGCAACAGAUCAGCAAGACUGUCCAUCUCAUCUGAAAAGUUGUUUCCCAAUGGACUUAACUCUUUACCACCAGGGCACAGAGGUGCUUGUCCUCAUCAAUGUGAAAAUACGAUGGAUGAUGACAUUGAAAAGCGAGUUCUGGUCAACAAAGACGGAAGCCUGUCAAUGGAGAUGAAAGUGCGCUUUCGACUAUUACACAACGAGACAUUGCACUGGUCCACGGAAGUGAAGAAGGCAAAGAGCACUUUUAACGAAUCCCAUAUUGUCCAUGAUGAUGCUCGUUCCCUCUCGCAUGGAAGUGCUGAGAGCUGCUCAGAAGCCGAUUCUCUCGCUGCUGGUGAAGCAGAUGAGGCAUACAGCACCAAACGUUACCAGCGACACUUUGAGGAGCCACAUUGCCAGCACUGCUGUGCUCACUGUCAGAGAUAUGAUAUCUGGAAGAAUCCUGUUCCUCCUGAUCAAGGAUCAGUAAGACGCAUCAGAUCUUCAAGCUCAAGUGCGUCCUCGCGGAGAAUAGUAUGCAAAAUGGCAUCUACUGACAGCAUACGCACAAUGUCCAGUGAGGAGUACACAGAGCAUGUAGUAGAAAAGGCAACUUGCAUUCAACGGACCUUUGGGCAGCAGGGUGACUCCACAGUCGAACAAUGUACCAUCAACCAUUGCCGCAGUCGAAGUGAAGUACGCUCAAUGUCGCCUAAAACAAAGAGCACAAGUGUUGUAGAAGACAAGCCUGAGAACGCUCAUGUAUCUGAAAAUGAAGAGAACAGACCUGAUGUCAUAUCUUCUAACCUCCCUAAAGAUCAAUUAAGUGUUCAGAUUACUCAGCCAGUUGAGGAAGAGGAGAGGCCUGUAUCUGUUGUGAGUUCUUCUUCUCAAAUUUUAGCAUUACUGAAGGAAGAUCAAGAUGAUGAAGAUGUUGACCUUCCUCUGAGUACCUCGGGAACAUCUCAUGGCCAACAGGAAGACGAGGAGAGCAAAGAUGCAGAACCAAACCCAUGUUCUACUACAUCCUGUAAAUCUCCUGCAUCUCCGUCACAUUUGUCACCAAGACCACCAAGCAAAGCUUCAUCUUUAGGACAGUCUAAAAGAUCCAGAAAGUUGGUCAGUCCAGAAGUAGAUGAUGAAGAGGGCAGGUCUGAAGCAUCAGCGGCACAUAAAGCAUCAUCCAGACUCAAAUAUUUGGUCACAAAGGACUUAGAAUCUCCAGGGGAUUCUGAAUCAACUGAUCAAUUUGAAGACAUUCAACACAGAACUGAUGUGCAAGAGGAAGAAAAAGACGAAAGGGCACUAAGUGCGCUGUCAGCCAAAUCAAAAACUUCUGUGAAGUCACUGUCUGAGUGUUCAGCCUCUUGUGAGAAUGAAAAUGACGCUGAGUUUACUGGAGCAAACAGUGAAAUAACAGAGGAGCGAUGCUCGAGUGCUAUCUCCAUAAAAUCCAAUAUCUCUGGAAAAUCGAAUAAAACAAAUGUUUCAGAGGUACUUGAAAAGGAUGGAAGAGCACCCAGUGCCAUGUCAGUAAAAUCUCAGAAAUCUGACAAAUCACGAAUAACCGACAUCUCAGACAUUGUGUCUGAGGAACAAAUCUCUGAAGUAAGAACAUCAAGUGUAAUGUCUGUUAAAUCAAAUAUAUCCAUAAGGUCAAAAGUAUCAGAUGUUGGCUUUUUUGAGCCGCUACAAGACAAUGUUGAGGAGAGGGCCGUAAGCGCUGUGUCAUCUAAAUCUAAUAUUUCUGAUACAUCUAGUCAGUCUGAAGAGCCACACUCUGUGUCUGAUGGGGCAUUAGAGGAAAGAAUAGAAGAAAAAGCUUCAAGUAUUAAAUCUGGAACAUCAAACAAGUCUGGAAUCAAAGCGGUGACAAAUGAUGAUCAAACAGUGGAGAGGGCUCCCAGCUCCAUUUCGGUAAAAUCAAAUAUUUGUGCAAGAUCUAAAAUGUCAAUUGAGCGGAGCGAACUUGAAGAUGAAGACAGAGCCUCCAGAAGCAUUUCUGUUCAAUCAAAUGUCUCGCAUAAAUCAAAGUCUGACAUGUCAGAAGCAGCAUCUUUCCAAGGAGAUGAUUCUUUAAAUUCAGUGAAAUUAAACACACCUGAAGCUGAAGCAGCUCUUCAAACAGAGCUACCAGGGGAGAGAUCGCCAAGCUCUGUGUCUUCAAAAUCAAAUACCUCUACAAGAUCCACAGCAUCCAAAAAUGUUGAGGCAGAACAAGAUGAAGCACAGGAAAAAGAGGAUGUUCAGGAAAGAGCAUCAAGUGCUAUUUCUGUAAAGUCUACUAUAUCUGCAAGAUCAAGGAAAUCUGAAACAACACCAAAAUCAGGAGAAGAAAUUAAGGAAAAAGCUCCUAGUUUUAUGUCAGUCAAAUCAAAUGCUUCCUUAAAAUCAAAUAAGUCUAAGAUGGAAGAGGAGGAAAUAGAAAACAGGGCCUCCAGUGCUUUGUCUGUUAAUUCUGAAGUGUCCACAUUGUCAAAGAAAUCAAAUCAGUCCGAUGUAGAGCAAAUGGAGAAAAGACCAUCAAGUGCAAGAUCAGCUAAAUCAAAUAUUUCUGUGAGAUCUAAAGGGUCCAAAAUGUCAGAGGUGGCAGGAGAUGAUGCUCAAUUAUCUGCAGCAGCAUUACAUAUCUCUGAAGCAUCAAAUGAAUGCAGCACAGCACCUGAAGAACCCUGCAUAGGCACAGAGAAGUCGCCAGACAAAGAGAAAAGAGCACCAAGUGCAUUGUCAACAAAAUCCAAUAAAUCCAAAAUAUCUGAUAUGGCUGAUGAUGUUGUAGCUGGAGAUGGAGAUGAUUUGAGAUCUGCAAGUGCAAUGUCCUCUAAAUCAAAUGUAUCUGUGAAAUCAGCGGUCUCAGAAUUGGUCACAGAAGAGCCUUUAAAAGCACAGGGCCAAACAGAAGAACGGGCUCAGAGUGCAUUAUCAGCACAAUCCAGUCGGUCAGGAGUGACUGUAAGUGAGGCAGUUGAAGUUGCAGAGGAACGGCCACUAAGUGCCAUGUCAUCUAAAUCCAGUGCUUCUGAAAGAUCAAAGAAAUCCAAUAAUUUAAAAGUGCUAACUGCUUUGCCUCAAGCAGGAGAAUACCAAACAGAGGAACGAGCUCAGAGUGCAUUGUCAGCUAGAUCAAGUGUUUCAGCAAUAUCCAAUAAGUCCAAAAUGUUAGAUGUUUUAACUGAUGAGAUUGUUGAUGUGAAAGACCAAGAAGAGAGAGCUUCAAGUGCUUUGUCUGCAAAAUCCAGCAUUUCCGCAAAGUCAAAAGCUUCUGCAACAGAUGUCAAAGCUGAUGAUAAAGAGAAAGGAGACAGAGUAACAAGUGCUAUGUCAGCAAGAUCUGAUAUUUCUACCAAAACUAGUAUCUCUGCAAAAUCCAAAGCAUCAAAUGUUUCAGAAAUACCACCAGAAGAGCCCGAUGAUGAAGAAAGUGAAGUAAAAGCACCAAGCAUUACUAAAUCCAGUAUUUCAGUAAGAUCUAAUAAGUCAAAGCAUUCAGGAAUGGGUGCUGAAGAAGAGGUUCUGAACAUAGAGAGACCUCCAAGUUCAAUUUCAGUAAUAUCUGAUGUCACACAUGAUGAAAAUGAAAUUACAAAUGACGGUGAAAUCCAAGAAAGGGCUCCCAGUGCUGCAUCUACAAAAUCACGUUCCUCUGUAAGAUCCAGAACAUCAAAUGUUUCUGGAAUAAUCAUAUAUGAGCCAGAUAAAGAAAAGGUAGAGAGGGCACCAAGUUCUAGGUCAUUAAAAUCUGAUGCCUCUGGAAGAUCUGAUCCAAAUUACCCUGUCAAUAUAGAAAAGGAAGCAAGAACAGAAAGCGCUUUGUCCUCAAUUUCUGCUAGAUCAAAGAAGUCAGAAGAUUCUGAAAUAAUUAGCAGUGUAGGGCAGAGAGCAUCAAGUACAGCAUCAGUUACAUCUGCAAGAUCUGCAAGAUCUAAAAGGUCAAAUAUUUCUGAAUUAGCUCCUAAAGAAAUUGGAAACACAGAUACUGGAGAUGUCCGAACAUCAAGUGCAAUGUCUGCAAAAUCUUGUUCAUCUGAGAAAUCAAAAUGUUCAGAAAGAACAACAGAGGAAGAUGAAUCAGCAAGUAAAAUGGUAGACAGAACAACCAGCUCGUUGUCUGUGAAGUCAAAUCCAUCCAUAACAUCUGAUGCCACUGUUAAAUCAAGUGCUGUGCCUACUAAAUCAAAUGCUUCUGCAAAAUUCCUCCUCUCAGAAGCUGAAGAGCCUGACAGAAGAUCAACAAGUGUGGCCUCUAAUGCAUCUGCACAAACUAAAAUGUCUAAAGCAGGUGUGAACACAAAAGCAAGCCAUUCACCAAGCAGAUUGUCAGUUAAAUCAAAUGUUUCUACUAGGUCCAAGAAGUCUAAAGUUUCUGAGGGUGAGGACCGUACACACACAAACACUGAAGAUACAGAAUUAAACAGAGAUGAGAGUCCGUUGUCUGAUCACUCAAAAGUAUCUCAAACAGAGAACUCAAAUGAAUGUAUUUGUGGUGCAAUAAACAAACCAUCAAGUCCAGUGGCAUCUUCUGAAAAAAACUUCGACCAUGAAGAGAUACCGACAAGUCCUCUGUCUAAAAAGUCAGCAAAGUCCGAAGUCAGUUCAGUUGGUUCUGCCUAUGAAAGCGUUUUUACACCAACAAGCACCUCCGUUUCUAUUGGGAUUGUUGAAGAUCAUGAGGCUGAUGAUGUUGAGGAAAUAGAUGGAGGUGUUGUUUCAAUUAACUCUGCUUCUUCACUUACUGAAAUAUGUGGUAAAUCGGACCAGUGUUUAUCAGAAUCUCCAGUAGAAAUCACAAAUGAAGCCACACUGACGACAGAGGAAAGACCUAAAAGUUCUGCAUCAGCCAAGUCAAAUGUAUCAGGUAAAUCGAAAUCCAAAAGCUCUCACUGUGGCUCUACAUGUCCUACAGAUACAAUUCAGGAAAGAGAUGAUGUAGCAAGUAAUACAUCCUCCAAAAUAAAGUAUCUAACGACUUUAUCUGUAAGCAAACCAUCAGCCAACAGUUCAAUGCGGCAGAGCUCUCAAACCCAGGGUAUUCGUCCAUCUAGCAAAGCUUCCAAUGUGUCUGUACACACUGAAAUCACAGGUCAAGAGAAAGCUGAAAGCCCAGAUGUUACCCAUAAAUCUCAAAGUGUCUGUUCAAAAUGCAGUUCUAAACAAAAGAUAGAAACCAUUUCACAUGCUUCAAGUGCCUCAGCAAUCACAGACUCUGAGAAAUCUAAAACUAAAGAAAGAAGUGAUGCAGAAAUUACUGACAGACCAAAGAGCAAUAAAUCCAGUUCAUCUUCUCGUUUGAAAGUAAAUGGUCAAAAGAAUGAUGUUGAAGCUACAGUUGUUAAUGAAAAAAGCAAUAAAUUAAAAACCAAGUCAACACAGAAAACUGAGGACAAUGCACUCAAGUGUCAUUCAGCGACUUCUGUUGCAUCAGGAAACCAGCUAAGUCCUAACCCACCAAAGUCUCCUAAAAAAUCCAAAAAACCUGUUAUUCUACUUGGCAGCUCUAAUGAUAGCAUGUUAUCACAGAACGUUCCUGCUCCAAAACCAAAAGAAGAAUAUAUUGACCAUUUGAAUGCAGCAGCAGAAAAACCUCAGUCUUGUAGAUCAGAUACAAAUGUCAGUGAAAUUAAAAGUGAAAAAAGUAGCAAAUGUAGAAAAAGAAUUGGAAGUGGCUCUUCUUGCCACAAGAUGGAUGGUGAUAUGUCUGAGCUGAGUCCUUCUUCCUUGCCAAAUGCUUCUCCAACUGAAGUGGUGAAUGAAUGGCUGAAGAAAAUCCCAUCAGACACCACCUUGUGUGAUUUGGGCGACGAAUUCCAUGACAAUUAUGAUUCGAUAGAGCCACUUUGCACAUUACAUUUGCCAUCAGGAGAUGAUAAUGAUCAUGGAAGUUUGCCGCCAAGUGAUGUUACCAAGAUUGAAACGCAAAAUGAAAUGGAAGAUACUAAGGUGGCGAAUACAGAAGGGGCUACUGACAAAAAAUCUCCUGCAUUGUCUGAGGGUGAUCAGAGAAGGGAUGAACCAAAGAUGUUUGAUUCUUCGGUUCUAGUGAUGAAAGUCUUGUUGAGCCCCAAACUCGACCGAUGCAAUAGCCUACCAGAGGUAUCUUCUGUAUAUGGACGUAAGCUCAGUGCAUCAGCGCAAGGUCUUCUGGAUUGUUUGGCAAAUCUUCAGUUGUUAGACUUUGGUCCUAGCGCUGAAGAUGGUAAAAAGGAAAAAUACCGGGAGCUCAUGAGCAUGCUUAAGUCUCUUUGGCUUUGUGACCCAAAAGACAGUGAGAAACCAUCUGGGCAAAGAAACAAGUGUCUGGAUGAGGAAUUCAAAGCCAGGUCAUCCUCAGGGGUAGAUGUUAACAGUGGCUCAACAGGUUCAGGGAAAAGUAGUGUCAAUGAUGGCACCCAAGCACAAAUCAACACAGAAUGUGAAGUCCUGGAAACCCUAACAAAGGUACAGGAAGUUGAUGAAACAGUAGAAGGGGAAGCUUCAGAAACGCCAGGAUCAAAACAGGAUUCAGCCACUCCAGAUAGAGCAAAUCAAGCUCAGUUAACCCCAGAGACAAAGGACACAGAUGAAGGAAAGCUAAAAGAUGAUGUCCCAAGCUCUGAAGAGACAAUCAGGAGUAAUGAUAGUCCAAGGGAACUCAUUGAAACACCUCUUUCCUCAAACAAGAGUUCUGGGAAUAAUCCCAAAAAAGAGGACACUGAAUCAGACCAACAAGAGGACACAAGUUCAGGCAGUGCUCCAAAACAACAAAGAGGUCAGCUAUCAAAAAGGCUUUCUCAAGAUCCAGAUCCUAUAUGGGUUCUGAAUUUAUUGAACAAAUUAGAAAAGCAAUUUAUGACACAUUAUGUUAACGCAAUGGCUGAGUUCAAAGUCCGUUGGAAUCUGGAUGACAACGAGCAACUUGAUGCAAUGAUAUGCGAAUUGCAAGAUGAAGUUCGCAGACGGAUACAGUCGAGUAUAGACGGGGAGCUGAGGAAAAUCCAAGGCAGAGCUGGAAAACCAAGACCACCAAAAGACACAAUGUCACGUGAAUCUACCAUUCAAACAGAGCAAAGGCGAAGGCGUCUGAAAGUGAUGCGCGACCAAUCAAUUGAUCCUCAACCUGCUAUAAGUGACGAUGAUUACACAAUGACAGGAACCGAUUUCAGCGAUCAGCGAAGUGAUGAUGAAUAUUGUCCUUGUGACACAUGCUUGAAAAAGAAAAUGGCAUCCAAGCAUGUGUUACCUGUGGAAAUGCUUAAUUCUGCCCCUAUGAUGAUGGACUUUGAUUUACGGAGAAUUCUUCAGAUGAAGAAAUCGGCCCCAAACAAUGAAAAGAUUGAGGAGACUGCCAAUGAACAAGCAAGUGAGAUAGAAGUAGAAAAUGCAGGGCUUGAGGCUGUCAAAGAGGAGGAUGAGAAAGAUGGGGCAGAUAAAGAAAUUCUUGCUUCCAGUGCUCAAGAAAUUGAAGAUGAAAAACAAGAAUGUGAGGAGGAUGAAGAAGAAGACACACCCAGACAUUUAAAGAAAGAUGUGGAUGAAUUUGCACAAGAUGAAGAGCAAGAAAAGCCUGAGACUGAUUCUGAAUUAAUGACUGUCAAAGAAAGCACAAGCAGUUUUAAGAUGAAUGAAUUAGAUGAAGUUGUGGCAAAUUAUGACAUUGGUGAAUCUGAUGAUAUAAUGCAAACUGAAGCAGCAAAGGCGGAAGCAUCUGAAGAACACACUGAGGAAGAAUCAGAACAGCAGGACAAGACAGCCAAUGACGAAACUGCUGAAGAUGGGAAAAACCCGGGAACAGAAUCUGUUGAAGAGGGUGAGACCACUGCUGAAGCAGUAGCUGCUGGAGAGAAUGAAAUACCUGGUUGUGACACUGCAGAAGAAGGUGAUACAGCUGAGGGUCAGACAGCAGAUGGACAAAUGGCUGAAUAUAAAACUUUAAGAGAUGGUGAGGCAGCAGAAGAUGAAACUGCAGAAGAUGGACAAACUUCUGAAGAUGUAACUGGAGAAGAAUGUGAGACUGUUAAUGAUGACAAUGCAAAAGAACAUGAGAUUGCUGAAAAUGAAAUUCUAGAAGAUGGACGAUCUCCCGAAUAUGAAACUGGAGAAAAAGGUGAGUCGAUUAAAGAUGAGAUUGGAGAAGGACAUGAGACAUCUGAAAAUAAAACUGCAGAAGAGGGAAAAACUGCUGAAGAUGAAACUGGAGAAGAAGGUGAGACCGUUAUUGAAGACAAUGCAGAAGAGCAUGAAGCAGCUGAAAGUGAAACUGCAGAAGAUGGACAAAUAGCUGGAGAUGAAACUGGAGAAGAAGUUGAGACCGUUAAUGAAGAAACUGCAGAAGAGCAUGAGACAGCUGAAAGUGAAACUGCAGAAGAUGGACAAAUGGCUGGAGAUGAAACUGGAGAAGAAGGUGAGACCGUUAAUGAAGAAACUGCAGAAGAGCAUGAGACAGCUGAAAGUGAAACUGCAGAAGAUGGACAAAUGGCUGGAGAUGAAACUGGAGAAGAAGGUGAGACCGUUAAUGAAGAAACUGCAGAAGAGCAUGAGACAGCUGAAAGUGAAACUGCAGAAGAUGGACAAAUGGCUGGAGAUGAAACUGGAGAAGAAGGUGAGAACGUUAAUGAAGACACUGCAGAAGAGCAUGAAGCAGCUGAAAGUGAAACUGCAGAAGAUGGACAAAUGGCUGGAGAUGAAACUGGAGAAGAAGGUGAGAACGUUAAUGAAGAAACUGCAGAAGCGCAUGAGACAGCUGAAAGUGAAACUGCAGAAGAUGGACAAAUGGCUGGAGAUGAAACUGGAGAAGAAGGUGAGAACGUUAAUGAAGACACUGCAGAGGAGCAUGAAACAGCUGAAAGUGAAACUGCAGAAGAUGGGCAAGCUGCUGAAGAUGAAACUGGAGAAGAAGUUGAGACCGUUAUUGAAGACACUGCAGAAGUGGAGGAGACAGCUGAAAGUGAAACUGCAGAAGAUGGACAAAUGGCUGGAGAUGAAACUGGAGAAGAAGGUGAGACAGUUAAUGAAGAAACUGCAAAAGAGCAUGAGACAGCUGAAAGUGAAACUGCAGAAGAUGGACAAAAUACUGGAGAUGAAACUGGAGAAGAGGGUGAGACAGUUAAUAAAGACACUGUGGAAGUGGAGGAGACAGCUGAAAGUGAAACUGCAGAAGAGGGACAAACUGCUGAAGAUGAAACUGGAGAAGAAGUUGAGACCGUUAAUGAAGAAACUGCAGAAGCGCAUGAGACAGCUGAAAGUGAAACUGCAGAAGAUGGACAAACUACUGGAGAUGAAACUGGAGAAGAAGGUGAGACCAUUAAUGAUGAUACUGCAGAAGUGCAUGAAAGAGUUGAAAAUGAAACUGUAGAAGAAUGCCAAACUGAAGAUGAAACUGGAGAAGAAGUUGAGACAAUAAGCAACAACACUACAGAAGAGCACGAGACAGCUGAAAAUGGAGAAACUGAUGAAGAUAAAACUGCAGAAGAAGGUGAGAUGACUGAAGAUAAAACUUUAGAAGAUGGACAAACUGCUGGAACAGAAACUGUUGGAGAGGAUGAAAUAACUGAAGAUGAAACUGCAGGGGAGGCUGAGGCAUCAGCUGAAAAUGCAUCUAUAGAAGGAGAAACUGAGAGCAAUAUAGGUGAUGAUGAAACUGCAGAAAAGAGUGAUACAGCUGAUAACACUGUAGAAGAGCAUGAGAUGGCUGAGAAUGAAUCUGUAGAAGACGGGCAAGCUGAAACUGCAAGAGAGAGUGAUUCAGGUGAGGAGGAUACCACAAAAGAGAGUAAAACAGCUGCGGAUGAAAUGGCAAAAAAUGGCCAAACUGCUGAAGCAAGAGAGGGUGAGACAGAUGAUGAUGAACCAGCAGAAGAUGAGCAGAAUGCUGAAGAGAGUGAGACAGUUGAAGAGAGGGAUACUGCAGUGGGGACAUCGGUUGAAGAAAGAGGAACUGAUGAAGAUGAAGACAACACAGAUGAUGCAGGAACUGCAGGAGGUUUGACAGCUGAGGAAAAUGAGACUUCUGAAGUAGAAACAGCAAAUGAGAAGACCACUGAAGAUGAAACUGAGAUCUCUGAAAAGGAAGCUACUGUUGAAGAUAGCAACACGGUUGAAGACAAGAAUGCUGUGGUAGAGUUGGCAGAGCAAACUCCUGUUCAUGAGAUGGACAAGGGUCAGUCAAACGAUGAGGAAGACAUAGAAACUGUCAGUUGUGAGGCAUCAGAGGAAAAUGUUCUUUCUAACAUUGAGGACACUGAGAGUCAUGUCUUGACUAACCUUGAGGUAACUGAAGAUGAAACACCCCUUAGGAACAAUGGUGACAUUGUUCUAGAUAGUGUUGACGAUAAAGGUGAAGAAAGUGGUAAAGAAGACGAUAAUGUGGAGGUAAUUGCAAGCAAAACUGGUUAUGUGGGCAACACUGGUGAAUCAGCUGAAGCUGGUGAUGAAGCUGAGGAUGACACAGAGCCAGAUGAAGGGGAGCAUAAUAGAAACACUCUACCUUUACAGCCUCUGUUACAGCCAAAACCAAAAGAUGACAAACCAAAUGGGACAGCUUCAUUUAAUAUUUUGGUAACGCACAAUUCAGAAUUUGAAGAUGGUGCCGAUGCUGAUGUAGAAGACUCAGAAACAGAAGAACACAACCAAGUCAGAGAUUUGAGUUCUGAGUCAGAGACCAAGCCACAGAGGAAAACUGCACAUAAAACCUUCAAGAUGCUCAUUCACUCUCUGAACUUCCUCAAACUCUCAGCCGCUGGACUACCAAAGAGCAAGGAAGAGGAUAAUGAACAUGAGGUUGAAGAUGAAGAGAUCCCAGAGGACGGCAGUGAUGAUGCAGAAGAGAGUUCCUGUGUGGAGAAAGAAGAGGUGGAAGAGAAUGGAAAGGAGAAGGCCAAACUCUCAGAUAUUACAGAGGACACAUCAGAAGGUGAUGAUGACCAGACAAAUGAGACUAGUGAUGAUUCAGAGGACCGUGACUGGGAAUCGUCCGGAAAUUCCUUGCAAAAGCAGAUAACAAAGUCAUCCCUGGAAUCUCAGCCAGGUUCCUUUGAGGAAGUUCAGGAGGAACAGGCAAAAAAGGUUUAAAUCAUCUGAAAGCCAACUGGUAGGAUUCUACUUCAGCAUAAAAGAAAAGAACCAAAGAUGCUCUUUAGCUUGUAAAAAUUUUUCCAGAGGGGUUAUUUCUCUAGUAUCCUUAGACCUUAUAAUAAUUAUACGUUUUUAAUAGCCCUUUUAAUUCUUUAUUUUAUUUACCAAAGAGUAACAUAUAAUGCACUUUACUUAUUAUUCACUUAUGAUUCCAUUAUAUAUGCAGAUUAUAUAUGCAAAAGCACAGCAUUACUGCUCAGGUACUGUAAAAAGGGAACUGCUGAAACUUGAACAGCACAUUAAGCUCUUCUGACUUGAUGGAAGGAAAACUGUUUAGAAAUUUAGUAUAUUUAUGUCAGAACAACAUAUUUAAUAGCAGUUAUUUAUAUAAUUCACUCAGUUGUAAGCCUUAGCCAUUGGAUGGACUGUUGACACUGGUUAAUUAUGUAUUACUGAAUCAUACUGUAUAUGUAUGUACUGAUAUACAAAUGUUCCACAGUGUAAAUGAAGAAUCACACAUCAUAGUGACAUGUAAUGGAAAUCACGGGGCAUAAACUGUGAGAUUAUGAGAAUGAAUGUAUAAGAAUCUAAUUUACUUGUAGGUUGCUUGUGGGAAAGCACACCUUUAAAAACAUUUUUUUGUUAACCCUGCUAAAACUGACUUAGUCAGAAUAUGUACACUAAUGCUUACUUUUAAAGUAAAUGCACGGAAUGCGGAUGUAUAUGAUUGACAUCACCAGAAAUCACCAAUAUACAGCAUAUUGUGUAUGAUAAGGAUUGAGGUGCACACAUUAAGCCAUGCCUUAGAUGUUUUGCCACAUAAAGGACUGUACAUCUAUUGGACUGUAUUGUCUGUGUUUUGUUCACACAAAACUCUAAUUUCAAAUGAUGCAGAUUAUACAAAUGUGGUUCCUUCAUUGCAGUUUCUUUUCUGCUGGUCAAGCGCUUAAUGGUUAACUUAAAUACAAUAAAUUCCUUGUUACUUGAAUGUACUUAUUUCCUGCCUGAAAUAAAUACUGUAUAUUCAAGGUUAAAA